CCCACAUGCCUCAACGAAGAUCCCGCGUGCCGCAACUAAGACCCGAUGCAGCCAAAAGACCUAGAGGAACCCCUUAGGAUGAAGCUAAGUCUUACCAAGGUGGUUAAUGGCUGUCGCCUAGGAAAAAUAAAAAACCUAGGCAAAACAGGGGACUGCACCAUGGACAUUCCAGGCUGCCUUCUGUACACCAAGACUGGCUCUGCCCCACACCUGACCCAUCACACGCUGCAUAAAAUCCACGGGGUUCCUGCCAUGGCUCAGCUUACACUGUCAUCACUGGCAGAACAUCAUGAAGUCUUGGCAGAAUAUAAGGAAGGAGUUGGAAAGUUUAUAGGCAUGCCAGAAUCACUCUUGUACUGCUCCCUGCAUGAUCCAGUCAGCCCUUGCCCAGCUGGUUAUGUAACAAAUAAGUCAGUGUCUGUGUGGGGUGUUGGAGGACGAGUGGAAAUGACUGCCUCCAAGUUCAUGGCAAUUCAGCAGGCCCUUCAGCCAGACUGGUUCCAGUGCCUUUCAGAUGGAGAGGCAACUUGUGAUGAAACCACUUCCAUAAAAAGAGCCAGAAAGUCUGUGGACCGAUCGCUUCUAUUCCUGGAUAAUUGUCUGAAGCUACAGGAAGAGUCAGAGGUCCUCCAGAAAAGUAUGAUCAUUGGAGUGAUUGAAGGUGGAGAUGUGAUGGAGGAGAGGCUGAGGUCAGCACGAGAGACAGCCAAGCGGCCUGUAGCUGGCUUCCUUCUGGAUGGCUUUCAAGGGACUCCAACAACCCUGGAGACUAGACUGCACUUGCUGUCAUCAGUCACUGCGGAGCUACCGGAGCACAAACCGAGGCUCAUCUGCGGUGUUAGCCAGCCAGAUGAGGUGCUCGAGUGUAUUGAAAGAGGAGUGGACUUAUUUGAGAGUUUUUUCCCUUAUCAAGCAACAGAGCGGGGAUGUGCCCUGACCUUCAGCUUUGAUUACCAGCCGAAUCCUGAAGAGACAUUAUUGCAACAAAAUGGGACACAGGAAGAAGUAAAAUAUGUGGAUCAAACAAAGAAAAGUAAAACAACCAGUUGCAACCAAGAAAUGACAUCAUUUGAAAUUAAUCUGAAGGAAAAAAAGUACCAGGAGGACUUUGAUCCGCUCGUGAGGGGGUGUCCCUGUUACUGCUGUAAGAAUCACACUCGUGCGUACAUCCACCAUCUGCUGGUGACCAACGAGCUGUUGGCUGGCGUCCUGCUUAUGAUGCACAACUUUGAACACUACUUUGGAUUUUUCCAGGCCAUCCGGGAAGCACUAAAAAGUGACCGACUGGCACAGUUGAAAGAGCUCAUCCACAGGCAAGCAUCUUGAGACCUGGUACGCAUAAUCUGACUCUUCACGUUGAGCCUGCACCACGGUUGUAAUGUGGGAAGAAGAGAGCAGGAAGUGAUCUUCACUUUAAUCACUUAUAUUUGAGAAUGAAGUCUACUCAAAUAAGGAACAUCUGUACUGUACUCUGCCCACCUGAGGCUAAAGAGACUUCUUCUUUAGAGUCAGACUGAAAUGACCUAGAAUGACCUAGAUUGAUCAGAAAGAAUUGAAACCUGACCUUGAAUAUUUCUGCGCUAACCCUUUUAGUCAACAGAGAUUCGUUUAGUCAAAGAUAAAAGCUUUAGAUGUGAAGGGACAGCCUUGAAGUGGGGAUGAUGAGAAUCUGAGGGUUCACUGAGUUGGAUUGGAGCUUGAAGGGAGUUGAUUGGUCAUGAGUAGCAUGACCUCUGUGGACACAUGCCUGUUGACCAAGAAGGAAUUUGUCUGAUUCAAGAGUUUUCUUCAUUUUAAUCCUUAUAUUCUCAGGGGUCUCUUUUGGACACUUGGCCUUCCAAGCUGUCCUGGCAGUGCAAUCAACCAGAAAUGACUCUUGUGAUUUAACCACGCUCACAUCUCCAUGGAAUGUGGAGCUCACACAUUGCUCCAAUGGCCAGUUGGCCCAGGGCACACUCUUCGUUUGACCCUAUGGUCUUUCUGUGACUUGUCUCACUAGAGUCAGCACAGUUGCCUAUUAGGAGCUGAAAGUUUGCCUAGCUGCUUUCAUCUGGUCGUACAGAUCCACUGUGGUCUGCCUUUUAGUCUCAUUAAGAGUCGAACCACAUAAUAACUGGAGCUACGUCACCUGGAGAGAUUCAGUCACCGUGUGUUCACUUGGACGGAGCCCUGGCCUGCCAGUUAGAGGAUUGGGUUUCAGUUCUACUAAACUAUGACACUUGGGCAAAUCACUUAACCUCUCCGUGCCUGUUUCCUCCUGAACAAAUGGGGACAGGCAAAGUGAAUAGUACUAAACGAAUUUCUAAGGUUCCAUCUAGCUCUAAUAUUUGGGGAACAAGAAGUUUUAGAUUGGAACCAUAGCUUUAUGUGUAUCCUUGUUUAUUGAUCACUAUUGGCCUGAUAAAAAAUGCAGUGGUGCCAGGAGUCAGGCAACAGUAGAGAUAUUUGAGAGCCUAAACAGGUUUAGCCUGUAGAUUUUAAAGUGGUUGGUAAAUUGGCAUCAGCAGGUCCUGAGGCUGGGAAGACCUUCGCUGAUCACCUCUCAUUCUCUGAAUUUUUUUCUGCUCUUGUCAAAGGAAUGACAUUCAUGUUGAUAGUGUGACAGGUGAUUUUUAUUUUCUUUGUGCUUUUCUAUAUUUGUCCAGUUUUCUAUAAGAAUACACAUACAUGCACGUUUCACACAUAGUUUUUAUAAAAACAGCAGAACCAAAAAGAUGCCUUUGUUUUGUUUGUAGGGGU